UAAUAACAAUAUGAAAGGAGCGGAAAGUAUUUAAGCCAUUUUAAAUGAAAGCUAGAUGUUGGAUAGCCAAAUUCUUGUGAAAAAAGCAGAACAGCCACCCCUAAUGCGAGGAAGAAGCAGCGCAGCUAAACAGCUGUUUGCACUACCUAUCGCCUAUCGAUAGUCGUGGGUGACGCAGCAGGCAGCUUUUGUGGCAGUGUGCCAAAUUGAAAUCAGCUGCCAGCUGAGAAGUGAGAAAUUAAAUAACAAUAACAAACGCGGGAAUAAUCACAGAAACUGAUGGCUUUGCGCGGUUCCCUGCGCCUGGAAAUGUUCCUCAGACGCUGCACUGCAUCCUCCGUGUUCCACAGCCACGCCCAGAAUCGAAAGAGCAGCCAGAUAUCGGUUAAAGGCGACAAUCCAAACAGCCAUGACUACAGUGGGCAGGAUCAGCAAAAUGACGGGCAAAAAGAGAGUGGCUGGCGGAGAUUGGUGCGCUUCUUCGUGCCCUUCUCCCUGGGCGCAGUGGUCAGUGCGAUGGUUAUCAAGCGGGAGGACCUUACGCCCGCGAUCGCCGCCUCCAAAAUGAGCGGUCGUCGGCGGGAGUUCAACUUUAUAGCGGAUGUGGUGGCCGGCUGCGCCGAUUCCGUGGUCUACAUCGAGAUCAAGGACACCCGCCACUUUGACUACUUUAGCGGCCAACCGAUCACCGCUUCGAAUGGCUCCGGUUUCAUCAUAGAGCAGAACGGUCUCAUCCUGACCAAUGCCCAUGUGGUGAUCAACAAGCCGCACACGAUGGUCCAGGUGAGGCUGUCCGAUGGCAGAACCUUUCCCGCCACCAUCGAGGACGUGGAUCAGACCUCCGACCUGGCCACGCUGCGUAUACAGGUAAACAAUCUGUCGGUGAUGCGACUGGGUAAAAGCAGUACUCUGCGAUCCGGCGAGUGGGUGGUAGCACUGGGCAGUCCGCUCGCAUUGAGUAACACGGUCACCGCUGGCGUGAUUAGCUCCACGCAACGGGCCUCCCAAGAACUUGGCCUUCGGAACAGGGACAUCAACUACCUGCAAACCGAUGCGGCCAUCACGUUUGGCAAUUCCGGCGGACCCUUGGUCAAUCUGGAUGGCGAAGCCAUUGGGGUUAACUCAAUGAAGGUGACGGCAGGAAUCAGCUUCGCAAUACCCAUCGACUAUGUGAAGGUGUUCCUGGAGCGGGCUGCCGAGCGGCGCAAGAAGGGCUCUGCCUACAAGACUGGCUAUCCGGUGAAGCGGUACAUGGGCAUCACCAUGCUGACGCUCACGCCCGACAUCCUGUUCGAGCUGAAGUCACGCAGCCAGAACAUGCCCAGCAACCUCACGCACGGAGUGCUCGUGUGGAAGGUCAUCGUGGGGUCACCCGCGCACAGUGGCGGCUUGCAGCCCGGCGACAUAGUGACCCACAUAAACAAAAAGGAGAUCAAGAACUCCUCGGAUGUCUACGAUGCGCUGGCGGACAAUAGCAAAGACUUGGACAUAGUGAUCUUGAGGGGCGUGAAGCAGAUGCAUGUGACCAUAACGCCAGAGGAUCCCUAAUGAAACAAAUUAUGCAUAGGCUUUGAGACUCAAUGUAAUAUUGAAAUGAUGUCAUCGCCGCGAUCAGCGCCUAAAUAAUGUAUAAAAAAUAAAGAUCAAUUUCAAAUGAAUAUCCA